UGGGGGAGGGGGGUGAAGAGUUUGGUUAACGUUACGACAGCUAGCUAACGCUAAGUUUGUAUUGUUUCUGAAACUUGGCUAGACCUGACUGACGUUGCCUAACAUUUGUUUUCAUCUUUCUGGAUGACUGAGUCGCCUCUUGGCUCAUUUCACUUAACUCCUCAGCUUGUUUGUAUUGGGUAUCUAUCAGCUAACAGGUUUUAUCCCCAAUGUUAUGAGUGUUUCUGAGCUCGAUGUCACGUCCAGCUGUGUUAAUGUGACUUCUGUACAGAUAUGGCCACCGCGCCAGAUUCUUCACUUCAUAUGAGAUCCACUGAUCUGAUCAAAAAAGAAGCCCUGGACUAUGGAGGAUUUGGGGAAGUUUAUCUCUGCUACCAUGCGACCCUGGGCCAGGUGGUGUUAAAGACUUUGUAUACAGGCCCUCUUCGUAACGAGGAGAGUAAAAGGUCACUGCUGGAGGAGGGGAACAUUAUGGCAAGCCUGAACCAUGAGCGGGUGGUGAAGUUGCUGGGUGUGAUCAUGGAGGAUAGAGACUGCUCUCUAGUCUUGGAGCUCAUACCCAGGGGCAACCUCUUGGUCAUGUUAGAGCAGGUCUCUGUGCCAGUGUCCAUCAAAGGCAGGAUAAUCUUUGAAAUUUUGGAAGGGAUGGUGUACCUUACAGACAAACGCGUCAUACACAAGGACCUCAAGCCAGAAAACAUUUUAGUGGACAAAGAUUUUCACAUCAAGAUUGCAGACCUCGGCCUCGCCACCUGCCACACAUGGAGCAAACUCACAAAGGAGGAGUCUCGCAGGAAGAGCCGUAUGGGCCGAACAGCCGGUGUGAGAGGUGCAGGGACUCUGAGUUACAUGGCUCCUGAACACCUGGAGAGUAUACAUACACCCUCCACUGAGAAAUCUGACGUCUACAGCUUUGCAAUUGUGGUUUGGGUUAUCCUCACAUGUGAAGAGCCAUAUCCGAAUGCCAGGAGUGAAGACCAUAUCAGCCAGUGUGUCCGCAAUGGAGAAAGACCAGCAGAGAACCUUAUUCCAGACAACACUCCUGCAGAGAUAAUUGACCUAAUGAAGAGAUGCUGGGAUGGCAGUCCGCAGAAAAGGCCAACAUUUAAAGAGGGCUAUGACUCAUUUCUUCGUUUCUACACGGAAAAGCUUGAACCAAAUGUAGAGGCAGACUUACUUCGUCUGAGGGAAAUGUAUGAAGGCCCAGAAGAAUUUGUUGAGAAGAUGAAAUCUUUAUCACUGACCUGUGGAUGUUAUUCAGCAGACAGCCCAGCUCCUUUGAUGAGUUCAGACAGAAAUAUAUCUGUCCCAGUUGAAGCUAGUAUUGAGGACCUGAAUGGUAUCCAAUGCGAGCUAGCCGUGGAGUCAAUGGAGCAUCACAUUCAGACAGAUGCAAAGGCGGUCAGCAGCCCUUCAGCUGUUGAGGAGAAACUGGAUCGGGAGUUGAAGUACCACAAGUAUGGCAGCUAUAGCUGUGAGGAGCAGCCUGACCCUAUCAAUGGCUACUAUCAGAACAAUAAUUUCCUGCCAAACCACCUUAGUUGUUCAGAUAAUAAUGUUAGGCAACCAGAUCAAGACAGACCCUACAAUGUCUCCUCUGUCCAUUCCUGGACAAAAGCUGAGGCAGUGCAGCCAACCAGCCAAGAAGAGCCCUGGCAUCACGCUAUUGCUGGUCUCCAUGAUUCCAUGACGUCCUGCACACCUACACCAUCCCACUUGCCUAUGUCUGCCAGCACCCCUUCUCUACAACACUUUAACCAGCAGCAUCCAUAUUCCCACUAUGACCGCCAACAGUCCUGCCCGGCUUACCCAGUGUCUGAUACAGCUGCCCCUGACAUCACUCCUGGACGUCUCUUGGCCUCUUCCAAGAGUGCCUCGCUACAAGAUCCAGGAUCUCUUUUCAUUCAGAAUGCCAGGGGGAUCCAGAUUGGCAACAACAACACGCUGAGUAUCCUAGGUUACGAGUCUACCUGUAGUUCAUUAUCAACAGGUGCUAACAGCUCAGCUAACUCUUCCAUCAAAGAAGCCAUUCAGAAAUAUGAUUUACCUUCACGGUUUCAUUCAGAGGAUCAUGCUGUGACUGAGGAGCACCUGGAUCUGCUGAGGGAUAACAUCGGGAACAAAUGGAAGCGAUGUGCGCGGGGCCUGGGUCUGACCAAUGUGGAAAUAGAGACCAUUGAACACGACUACUACCGUGAUGGCCUGCCAGAGAUGGUGCACCAGAUGCUGGAACGGUGGAAAAUGAAGGAGGGAAGUAUUGGCUGUACAAUUGGGAAGCUGUGUCGGGCCCUGGAAGGCAAAGUAAAGGUAGAUGUCAUCCAGAAAAUAUUGGACAACUGCAGUUCCUUCUCCAAGAUCUGAUAAACUUGGCUCACUUGGUAGAUUUGCCACAUUCCCUCCAAAUGACUUUCUGACUAUGAUGCUUCUGGAGCUAUCAUGAAUUUAAAGUGGUUGGUUUAAACAAAUCUCUCAAACCAAAUCGCAUUUUUUCUUGUUCCCUAGCCUUUAUGACUUUAUGUGCCGAGGUUUUGAGAUACCAUCUCUACACUGCCCCCAAUACAUUCAAAGUAAAUGGAAUUCCGUUUGUGCUGCCUAAGGCACUGAAAGAUGUCAUACAUAACUUGCUUUUUUCAUAGAGACAAUUUCUCUCAAUGCUUACUUCACACUCAUGUGACAGUUGGCAAGCUUGAAUUGCAUUUUCAACUGCACCAUUUUAUUCUUUCAAACUUAUCUUUAUGAGCUGACAGUUUCUCAUUGUUCAUUUUGUAAUU